AUGCAUAACUUGGAUAAUUUUUUUAAGAAUUUGAUUGCAAUUAAUGCCGAUUUGGGAUCAAAGAAUAAUUUGCAGUUUGAAAGUGUUGUUGGAAGAGGUGGGUUGUUUUUGGAAGAGUCGGUUCCUGCAUCAUUUGUUUCUUUGGUUUCAUCGAGUAAAUCGAUUUCGGUGGCGGUUUCGUGUUGCCGGAGGAGGGGGAGGAGCCGCCGGAGAGGGCGACUGAUCGGCGGGGGUGGGUUUUUGUCGGUGACACUUUCGUCAAUUAAGGAUGGUGAAGAGUUUGGUGCGGAGGAGUCAGUGUCUGGUGGCGUUGUAGGAAAAAUUGAGGAAAAGAGCGGGGAGAGUGAGAAUGGGAACGAGAGUGAAACGGUGGCGUUGAAGGAUGUUGUUAACGAGAAGAAGGGGAGGCUGCACGGAGGAGGUGGUACUCUGAACACUGCUAAGCAUCUCUGGGCUGGCGCCGUUGCUGCCAUGGUCUCGAGAACGUUUGUUGCUCCAUUGGAGAGAUUAAAGCUGGAGUAUAUUGUUCGUGGUGAACAGAAGAAUCUUCUUGAACUCGUUAAGACAAUAGCAUCUUCUCAAGGGCUCAGAGGAUUUUGGAAAGGAAAUUUUGUCAAUAUUUUACGUAUAGCUCCAUUUAAGUCUAUCAAUUUCUAUGCAUACGAUACAUACAGAAAUCAGCUUCUCAAGUGGUCUGGAAAUGAGGAGACAACAAAUUUUGAAAGGUUACUUGCUGGUGCAGCUGCUGGAAUUGCUGCAACUGUUCUCUGUAUACCUAUGGACACUAUCAGGACUGUUAUGGUAGCUCCAGGGGGUGAAGCCUUGGGAGGAUUAAUUGAUACUUUCUGCCACAUGAUCCGAACUGAAGGAUUCUUCUCUCUUUACAAGGGCUUAGUUCCCUCUAUCAUCAGCAUGGCACCUUCUGGUGCUGUUUUUUACGGUGUUUAUGAUAUAUUAAAAUCAGCGUAUCUGAAUUCACCGGAAGGAGUAAAAAGGAUUCAACAUAUGAAACAACAAGGUGAAGAUUUGAAUGCUUUCGAACAACUCGAGCUGGGCACAGUAAGAACUUUGAUAUAUGGAGCAAUUGUCGGUGCAUGUUCUGAAGCUGCUACUUACCCAUUUGAAGUUGUGAGAAGACAGCUUCAGAUGCAAGUUCGAGCAACGAAGAUGAAUGCAUUACAAACUGGCAUUAAGAUAGUCGAACAUGGUGGCUUUCCUGCACUCUAUGCUGGAUUGAUCCCGAGCUUAUUACAGGUUUUACCAUCGGCUGCCAUUAGUUAUUUUGUCUACGAGUUCAUGAAGAUAGUCAUUAAAGUGCAAUAA